AUGAAGGAAAUUGAUGAUGAAAAAGCCAAAGAUAAUGAUAACAAGAACGAAAAUGAAAGACAGGUUAAAGAAAAAGGAGUUACUAUUGAAGGAAUUAUCCUUCGUUUAGAUGAAACUAAUUUAUUUGAAGAAAAUUCUGAAUAA